AUGGCCAAAACCCCCCUAAGAACUGCCUAGACCAGAUCUGCUUAUAUUGUGGAUAGCUCAGGAACUGAGGAUGCAGACAAUACUGUGGGUACAGACCAAACUCGGCUUCUGCCAGCUCUGUGCGAGCAACUCCCGUUUCCAUUAUCAGUGGAAAUCCACUGAAUGGCCCUACUAUACUGAAAGAAUAGGAAGAGAGGCUGAGACCAAUAAAAAAUGAGAAUGGCAGCAUUACACUGCUGGAUCACCAGGGUUGAGCUUUGUACUGUGCUGCCACAGCUCUACAUUCUUCACCCUUUCGGCCCCUACCCUGGCUUACUGCCACGUCUACUUUCCCCUUUACCCUCAGCUGUAUUUGCGUGGUCUCAUCGGCUUUUCACCGCCUGAGCGCCUGUUAACCAAUGAGCGCACAGGUGGGCGUUGCUAAAUCAAGGGCAAAGUUUCCGUGCGCUGUCUGUGACGUCACCGGUGCUGCUGUCCUUCUAGAGGUGGUGCACUCCUUCCUUUAUAAAUAGCUAACAUUGGUUUUAUCUCAUUUCCACGAAUCGUCGUGCGAAUGAGCCCUCGGGGUAAACGAUAUAAUAGAUACAGCCGGAGCUUCAGCCGCACCAGAGUGGCUAUACACACAGUGAUAGCUACUGUACUAGAUAGAUAUAUAGAGAGAGUGAGAGUAAUUAUAGAUUGCGCUGCGUAUAUAGACGUUUAUAUCUUCUGAUUGUGGUUUCCAUCCUGUGACGUGUUAUUCUGCAGCAAGAAGCAUGGCCGAUGAGGUGAGACAAACAAUGACUCAGUUUUGGGAAGAGCAUUCACGAGAUGCAACAGUAGAAGAGAUGAUGCUUGACUCAAGUGCUGAGCUCUUAUCCAAAGAAGAGAAGCCAGAGAUCAUCUCAUUGUUGCCAUGUUUAGAUGGAUUAAAUGUCCUAGAGCUUGGAGCUGGGAUAGGUCGCUUUACAGGACACCUGGCCAAGUUGGCAAGCCAAGUAACAGCAGUGGACUUCAUGCAGAACUUCAUUGACAAGAAUCGUGAAGACAAUAGUCAUCGUGGAAACAUUACCUUUCUACAAGCUGAUGUCACUGUUUUGGACUUUCCCAAUAACAGUUAUGACUUCAUCUUCUCAAAUUGGCUCUUCAUGUAUCUGACUGAUGUAGAAUUAGCAGCCCUGACACAAAAGAUGUUGGGAUGGCUUAGACCUGGUGGCUAUCUCUUUUUUAGAGAGUCCUGCUUUUAUCAGUCAGGGGAUUCCGAACGAACAUUUAACCCCACGGUUUACCGUACACCUGCUCAGUAUAAUCACCUUGUUACAUCAGUCACCUCAAAGUCUGGAGACAACGGUUUUGAUAUUGUGAUGUCAAAGUCUGUGCAGACAUAUAUAAAGAUAAAGAAGAAUCAAAACCAAGUUUGCUGGAUGUUGCAGAAGGUCUCACGGGAUGCUGACGGGCACCAGGGUUAUGUGACAUUCCAGCAGUUCCUUGACAACCAGCAGUAUUCUCGGAGAGGAAUACUCAGAUAUGAGAAGAUAUUUGGAGAUGGCUUUGUGAGCACUGGAGGGCUGGAAACCACUAAGGAGUUUAUUGCCAUGCUAAACCUUGUUCCUGGUCAGCGAGUCAUUGAUGUGGGCUGUGGCAUUGGAGGAGGAGACCUCUAUAUGGCUAAGACCUAUGGGGUAGAAGUCCUAGGGAUGGACCUGUCAUCUAACAUGGUGGAAAUUGCCAUGGAGAAAGCUGUCAAGAAGAAAACUCCACAGGUGCAGUUUGAAAUAGGAGAUGCCACAAGAAGGAUCUUUCCUGAAGCAUCAUUUGAUGUGGUUUACAGCCGAGACACCAUUCUGCACAUCAAUGAUAAGGGAGCGCUUUUCAAGAAAUUCUAUUCCUGGCUGAAACCUGGAGGGAAACUCUUAAUCACAGAUUACUGUUGCGGUGAUCAGCCUUGGUCUCCAAUGUUUGAGGACUAUGUGAAACAGAGAAGCUAUAUUCUGUACACACCUGAAGAGUAUGGACAGUUUUUGCAGAAAGUUGGUUUUGUUAAGGUUCAAGCUUUGGAUCGGACAGAACAGUUUGUACAAGUUCUGAAAAAGGAGCUUAAACGUACACAAGAGAAAAAGCAGGAGUUCCUAGAGAGCUUUUCAGAAGAGGAUUAUAACUACAUUAUUGAAGGCUGGAAGGAAAAACUUCAUCGCUGUAGCCUAGGGGAUCAGCGUUGGGGCCUGUUCCUAGCAGAGAAACCACUGGACAUCAUGUCUUAACUGUUGGCUUCUUCUUUUUGCUGGGCCAAAAACCUUAAUGGGGUAUUCAGGUUGUAACAAGGUUGAUCACGAGAAAAGGGACCCCACCAGGUUGAGCAUGCGGAAUUCUGCUACAUUCAUCUUUGGGAAUUCUGUAAAUACGGUAGCUGAUUGCUGUACUCUUUUUCUGGAACUCCCAGAGAUUUGACUGGAUCAGCAGUGUUAUGCACAUCCUGACUCUCCAUUCAUUUUGGUGGUCCCCACGAGAUACCCAUUCUCGUGAUGGAUAUUGGUCCCAGUAGUAGAACCCCCCACCGAUCUGAUAUCUUCUGUGAAAGGGGGAUAAUUUGCUACAAACGGAAUACCCCUUUAACCUUAAAGAGGACCUUUCAUGUGUCCAGACAUUAUAAAAAUAAGUAGCAAGUUAUAUAAGGCAUAAAGCAGGGAUCUAAUAGCGCUUACUAUUUUUCCUGGGCGUUGCUCCGUUCGCC